AUGCAGUUUCGCCUCUUCUCCUUUGCCUUGAUCAUCCUCAACUGCAUGGAUUACAGCCACGGCCAGGGCGCCCGCUGGAGACGCAGCAAGAGAGCUAGCUAUGGACCAAAUCCAAUUUGCAAAGGCUGUUUGUCUUGUUCAAAGGAUAAUGGGUGCAUCAGAUGCCAACAUAAGUUAUUCUUCUUCCUGCGAAGAGAAGGAAUGAGGCAAUAUGGUGAAUGCUUACAUUCCUGCCCAUCAGGGUACUAUGGACUCCGUACGCCAGAUAUGAACAGAUGUUCAAGAUGCCGAAUAGAAAACUGCGACUCCUGCUUUAGCAGAGACUUUUGUACCAAAUGUAAAACCGGCUUCUACUCACACCGAGGCCGCUGCUUCAGAGGAUGCCCCCUGGGAUUUGCAGCCUUGGAAGAGAUUAUGGAGUGUGUGGAAGGCUGUGAAGUGAGUCAGUGGAGUGAGUGGGGAACUUGCAGCAGAAAUAAUAAAACGUGCGGAUUUAAGUGGGGCUUGGAAACAAGAACAAGACAUAUUGUGAAGAAGCCUGCUAAAGACACAAUACAGUGCCCGACCAUUGCAGAGUCCAGACGGUGUAAAAUGGCCAUAAGGCAUUGUCCAGGAGGAAGAAGGACAACAAAAACAAAGGACAAGAAAAAGAAGAAAAAGAAUUUGAUGGAAAGGGCUCAGAAGCAGCACAGCAUCCUUCUAGCUACAGAUAAAACAAGCCAGUAAAGACUUAAUUUUUUUAAUAUAUAUUUUGCAAAGUGCACAAAGCUGCUAUAUGCUCCUGCCCAUGGAUGCACUGCGAUUCAGCUGCUUUGACAGUAUUGGUGGCAAAUAACUUGUGAAAAAAGCCCACAAGCUUGUUUGUUUUAUUUAUAUAUUUUUUAUUUUAUUUUUUCCCUCUUAUUUUUGACCUGAAGACUUCAAGGUCAGGAGUGCACUGAGCUGAAUCAGUGGAAGUGGUGCUGAAGUGUGUCAAAGAUUUAGUCUGAGUGCCUGGCCCAUGUGUUGACAUGGAAUGGAAGCAAGAAAGAAACCUAUGCAUCACUGUUGGGCGGACUUGUGCAUAUUUAAAUAACAGAGCAGAAGUCUCGGAGGUGUAGGUACUCUUGCAUUUAUGGCCUUUGUUUCCUUUGUUUGUACAUUUCAAGAGUAAAUGGAUAUGACUUAUCUUCCUAGCAUUAACGUGCAUUGUUCUCAGCACUCAUUAAAUGAAACAGCUGUAUAAUAAAACUGCUUUAAGACAAUAUACCGCAGGAGUUACUGCUUAGAGUUCCAGAAGCACAACAGAUCCUAUGUGUACAUAUUACUCUGUAUACAUAUAAAUAAACAUAUUUACUGUACA